AUGGCUGGAAAAGAUGUAUUGGGAGGAAUCCAACAAGAUAUGGAAGAACUCGAAGAAAACAUGGAACAAAACGAAAAAGCCCAGGCGGAAGAAAAAGAAGAAGUAAAAUUGGGCAGGAUACAGUACAAACUCGAUUACGAUUUUCAACAAGGACAACUGUCAGUGACUGUGAUUCAAGCAGAAGAUUUGCCUGGAAUGGAUAUGAGUGGAACUUCCGAUCCGUAUGUCAAGUUGUACCUUUUACCGGAAAAGAAGAAGAAGGUCGAAACAAAGGUUCACAGGAAAACUUUG